CGUGCAUAAUAAUGUUAUUCAAGAAGUUUUUAUGUACCUCAUCAUGUAAAAUGACUAGACUUUCGUCUUCAAUCGUUCAUCCUUCAAGUCCUUCGAUAUCGCCAAAGUUAAAGGAGAAGAAAAUAAAAAUAAAAAACUUCGAAAUUAAUUACUUGAAAGUUGGUCACGGACCUCACCAAGUGUUUUGUGUGCCGGGUAUGAUGGGUACGAUAUGGAGCAACUUUAAAAAACAAAUAGAAGGAUUUGACCUCAACAAGUUCAGCUUACUGAUCUGGGAUGCUCCAGGCUAUGGAAAAAGCAUCGCCCUAGAUAACAAUGAAACUUUAGACGAAUGUUCUAGAGACGCAAAUAUUGCUUAUGAAUUUAUGAAGGCAUUACAAAUUCCAAAAUAUUCUGUUUUGGGAUGGAGUUAUGGAGGUUGCACUAGUCUUCUGCUAGCCAGCCGUCACCCACAAAUGGUCGAAAAAGUUGUUGUAUGGGCAUGUAGCACCUUUAUAAAGCCUCAUGAGUUAAAAUAUUAUUACACUUUGCGAGAUUUAAAUACUUGGUCACCACGAACGAAAGAAGCGAUGAUUAAAUUGUACGGUGAAGAUAAUUUUAGAAAAAAAAUUGAACAUAUAAUUGCGGUAAGGGAAGCGAUUUCUAAAGGAUAUUGUAGCUCAGUGAAGAAAAUAAAAUGUCCUACAUUAAUACUUCAUGGUGGGAAAGACCCGAUAGUGGAUAGUUCGCAUCUGAAUUACAUGCAAAAUCUUAUUAAGAAUUCUAGAACUUAUUUAUAUCCAGACGGCGAACAUCACAUUCACAGCCAAUUUGCCGAUGAUUUCAAUAAAAGAGUACAAGAAUUCUUACUGGAGCCGAAUACAUAAUAGCGUAUAUAGCUAGUUAUAUAUCACCACUCGAGUUAUUUAUUGUUAUAAUUUUCUCAUCAUCGGUUCGGGUCAUAUUUUUAAUGAAAUGGUGGUGGUUUUUAAUGAAGUGAAAAAUCGAAAAAUGUGCUCUAUUCUGAUUGGAAGUUUUUUGAAAUCAUAAAUACAUUAAAAAUAUAUUAAUUCAUUGAUAUAAGUAAAAUAUACAUAUAAUAAAA